UUGUGCCUCCCCCUCUCUGGCCGUAAUGAUAACGAACGAUGCAACAAAUAACCUAGCUGUUCGUUCCCUUAUCGCUUCAUUGCGCAUGAGUAUCAUCAUAUCGUAGCCAUGCUGCGUAUUUUUUUUUUAAUUUUCUUUCUGAUAAUGGACAGCACACGCUAUCGCAAAGACUGCAAGCCCAGCACGUCGCUUCGUAUUCGAGCAGUGUAGGAGCAGUUACGAAACACCGCCAACAGCGAGCGUAUCCGGAGACAGGCUCGUCUGAUCGGCGCGCUGCGGAAUAAGCGGUUUGAAUUUCAGCGUCGAUUUGGACGGCCGAGCGCGCAGCCACGCCAGACGCCACAGGAAGCGAGCGAGCGCGGCACUAUCGGUUCCCACCACCGCCAGCCGCCCGUGGUUUCGCUUUCCGCACAGCUCAAAAGAGGUCGGAGUCGUUUUUUUUUCGCCGCCGCGCACAACCGACGCCACUGGGAUACUCGCCGUGCUGUGGUUCCCAAACAUCGACAUGGCCUACUGCGAGAGCUGUCGUGCCAAACUGCCAGAGGCGAAGGACUCGGAAAUCCAACAUCCUUUCAGCGUCGAGAGUUUUCUGGACAGCGGUGAGUUCACAGAUUUCGAGUUCCGGGUGAAGCCGGAGGACCAUCCCGACAUCCCCGAGCGGAGAUUCCGUGUACACAAACUGUUCCUGGCCAUGAGAAAUGAAGUGUUUCAUGCCAUGUUUUUCGGAGACCUUGCCGAGAAAAGCGAGGUGGUUAUCACGGAUGUCCACCCAGACGGCUUCGACUUGCUGCUCAGGUACCUGUAUUCCGGCAAGCCUAAGAUGAAGAGCAUCGACGACGCGCUGCACGCAAGGUUCGCCGCCAAGAAGUACCUGGUUCAGGGAUUAGUAGACGCUUGCGGCCUCUAUAUUGAGAAAAACCUCAAAGCUGAGCGGCUGUGCUCGUUCAUCGACUACUUCAUGCAAAGCCGCGAGCCAGAAAUUGACGCUAUUGCGGAGACGCUCCUGACGUCAUCUAAAGCCCCGGACAUCCUCACCUCGAAGGAAUUCAACGUCGCCCUUGAGGAAACCAUUCGAUACAUCGUGGAGAGGAUCAGAAAGGUUUCCGAGGACAGCGUGACCAACGCCGUGUUCGGCUGGGCCCAGGAACAGUGCGUCAAGAGCCUGGAGUCGGAGAGUCCGCUAGAAGUGAAGGCGAUUAUGCGCACUUUUUUUCCCAAGUUGCGAUUCUUGACCAUGACAGCUGAAGAGUUUGUGGUAGGACCGGGUUCCUGGGGUCUGCUGGAAGAUGCCGAGAACCUCGCAUUACUGCGCAAUAUCGUAAAGAGUGGAUCCCAGCCGCUACCCGAAGGAUUCUGCAACGUCACUGACGAUCGCUUCUAAGCUAUGAACCAAUGAAAUGACAUCCUUUUCACUCGGCGACCUGUGAUGCCUGUUGAACUUUUCGUGGCUCGUCCAUCUUUGUUAAAAGGCGCUUUUGCCUAAUGGUACGAUUCGUUCGCAGUAUGCAGAGCUUCAUCAGAAUAAAAGUGCCAUUAAGGAACUGUUGCUUUGAUUAUGCCAAUGUGGAUUUUAAAGAUCUCAGUUACAAUGCCCACAACAAAUUUCGGGCUGGUAUGUGCAUGUAAAUAUGCUGGCUCAUAAGUUCCGAUUGGCGGUUGUAACUGUGCGGGCAAUCUAACGCAUUAUUCUGGCGAAUUGUGAACGAGAACUGGUCACAUAGAGGCAAAAUACGUAUGUAUGUAUUUUCUUUCAAAAUUUUGUGCUCACGCUGAAAAAGAUAUCACGCAUAUAAUUAAUCGAAUGCUGGAAACUGGAAUCUUCCCCUCUGCUUUUAAGCUUGCCCGCAUAUGCCCAAUACACAAGUGUGGGGCCCUUAGUGACAUAUGUAAUUACAGACCAAUCUCGGUGCUACCCGUGCUAUCUAAAGUUUUUGAAAAUGUUAGUAACAAGCGUCUCGUGAAUUCUAGAACCAGAUACCAAGUAAUAAAUGACGCACAGUACGGCUUUCAGAAAAAUAGAACAAGUGAACUAGCGUUAUUACGUGCUAAAGAUAAAAUAAUGAAUGACUUUGAAAAUAAGCUUUAUACCGUUGGUCUCUUCAUUGAUCUUAUGAACGCAUUUGAUUGUGUUAACCAUGAGAUUUUAUUAGUUAAACUUCAUGAUUACGGCAAUUGUGGCGUUGCCUUAGAUCUUUUUAAAAAAUAUCUUUCCUACAAGAAACAGCGCAUAAGAACUGAUUAUGGUUAUUUCCGCAAUUACUACAGUAAAACAAGGGGUGCCUGAGGAGUCGAUUCUAGGGCCCUUGUUAUUUAUACUUUACAUAAACUAUAUAUAUGACAUACCUAAGUCACCAAAGUUAGUAACUUAUGCGGAUGACACCUAGAUAUUUUUUUCUGCGCGUACACUUCAUGACUUCCAGAACACGCUUAACGACUACCUAAUGCAGCUUGAUACUUGGCUUCAUGCAAAUAAAUUAGCGCUGAACCUAAAAACAACUAUGUCUUGUUCAAACCCACUAACAAAACAUGUGACAAUGCACUCACGAUGACAUUCCAGGACGCCGUCAUAGCACGCGUAUAAUGUCCAAAAGUUCUACGUGUGUGGUUUGAAGAAAGUAUGUCGUGGAAUACACACCUAAACAAACCAACCUCAGAACUAAGCAGAACAGUUGGUUUAUUAUUCAAAUUGCCAAAUCUAAUUCCUCUGCAGCUAAAGAAAGCGAUAUAUUAUGCCCACUUCUACUCCCGUUUAUCCUACUGCACACUAGUUUGGGGUACUACAAAGAUUACGAAUUAUAACAAACUGGAGGUAUUGCAGAAGCAAGUGCUGAAGAUUCUUGAAAAUGAUCAUGGGGAGUACAAAGAACUACCAACUAAUCAUUUGUAUAUUGAACACAAUUUGCUCAAAGCGAGUAAAAUAUAUGACUACAAGCUCCUGCUGCACAUACAUAAACAUAACCUGUUACAUUCAGCACACACAACGUCAGCUCGUUAUGCACUGCGUAACGAACGGAUAACAACCGCACGAACACGUACAAAUUAUGGAGAAGCUGUCCUCGCUUAUCAAAUACCCG